AUGCUUCACCCAGAGUCAUACACCACCGUCCCAUCCGCUUCAAUUUCACAAGCUGUUCUCAAAUCGUACGAUGCGAUAAUCGUGGGGGCCGGGAUCGCUGGUAGUGCCCUAGCCUUUGCUUUAACGGACCCAUCCCGAAACAGAACUGGGAAGAGCAUUCCAUCGGUACUUUUGAUCGAGCGUGACCUUCGUCAGCCGGACCGGAUCGUCGGCGAGCUUCUCCAACCAGGUGGAUGUCUUGCUGUCAAGCGGUUAGGCUUACGGGACUGUUUGGAUGAGAUCGAGGCGGUGGAAGUGAACGGAUAUGGGGUCUAUUGGGGCACCGAUGCAUCCCAGAUCACUCAACUCGCCCUGCCCUAUCCUCCUGAAUCGGUGCCUAUGGCCUGGAAGGAUGGCGCGCUUUGGAACGGCAAAUCUCCUAAGGGUCAAGCCCCUAGACAGCAAGGCAGAAGCUUCCAUCAUGGCAGAUUCGUCCAACGACUCAGAUGGAAGGCUCACAGUCGUCCAACCGUCACCGUCUUACAGGCUACCGUCACUGACUUAAUCCGAUGUCCAAAAACCGAUCAUGUUAUCGGCGUCACCGUCAAGUCCGCGGAGGAAGAAACCGUUUCCUUUUUUGCACCUAUCAACUUUAUCAUGGAUGGUUGUUUCUCCAAGUUCCGACGAAUCAUUGCCCCAGACGGAUUCAAACAACCGACAGUCCGCUCACAUUUUGUCGGCCUACUCCUCCAAACACCUGCCCCAUUCGAUUGCAUUCCUCUGCCUGGACAUGGACAUGUGAUUCUGAGGAAGAAAGAUCCGGCUGCUGAUCAGCCUGUAGUCGAUGGUGAACUAGGGGUCGGGCCGGUCCUUGUCUAUCAAAUCGGUACCGGAGAAACUCGAAUGUUGGUCGACGUCCCGGGGGCCAAGGUGCCGAGUAUUAGCAACGGAAGUCUACAUUCUUACCUUGAGAGACAAGUCGGACCGAUCCUACCUCGCAGCUUGCUCGAGACGUUUCAUGCGACCCUAGACUCGAACGAUCCAGCCGAUCGAUUGCGGGUCAUGCCCAACUCAUAUCUUCCUCCGCAUCGUCAGGAGGGACAUGGGGGAGUGAUCCUGAUGGGAGACUCGAUGAAUAUGCGACAUCCACUGACUGGAGGGGGGAUGACGGUGGCUCUCUUGGAUGUCGAGAUCAUCAGCAACUUGCUCGGCGACUUGGAUGACUUUGAAGAUUGGAAGGCAAUCGAAGACCGAUUAGCAAUCUGGCAUCAACAGCGAAAGAGUACCUCGACCUGUAUCAACGUGCUUGCUCAAGCACUCUAUAGUCUAUUUGGAGCAGAAGAUGAUAAUCUAGAGAUCUUAAAAGAAGGAUGCUUUAAAUAUUUUGAACUAGGGGGCAAAAGGGUAUCGGACCCAAUCUCACUUCUGUCGGCCUUGAUCCCGUCACCCUUACUCCUAUUCUACCACUUCUUCUCGGUCGCCUUCUAUGCGAUUUGGAUCUUCACUCAACAAAACGGCGUGCAGAUUAAUAAGAUGUUUCAAAUCUUGUGGACUGCUUGUGUUACCAUCUUACCGGUCCUAAUGAAAUACAUCCACCGAGCCAUUGUUUGGCCAAGUGUUGAUCUGAGCCACAUAUGCAGAGCUCCUGUUGAACUGUGGAGCUGUGGUUCAAGUGAGGCCUGCCCCGCCCCCGCUCCCCGGAAUACUACGGGGGGAGUGCUUGGUGAGGAGCGAAGAUGUCAUCAACCGACCACCACAGACAACCAACUCGAUCAGCAACCACACAGGAAAAAUACAUUCUCAUCCGGGUUCCGAUUGCUCCCCUUGAAUGCGCUGAUCGUCGAAGUGGUGGAUACGCCUGAUCGAAGUGGACCGUUCGUUAAUUAUUGGUGGAGAUGCGAAUACAUUGUAUCGGACGACCCGUUGCCUGAUAAAUUUUCAGCUGGAUCGAUCGGCUCCUUGCUCUGCUUUCACCUCCAAUCCAUCACCCCAAUCACGCUGCUCCUCCGUUCUCGCCAAGCCCAGCAUCGACGCUCUAUCCCAACACUCUCGAUCCAAUUAGAGCAGCAAGAUCGUACACGGACGGCCACCGGUUUCACUUAUGAGUUCCUGAACAAGCAGCAACAGCAGCCCAUCGAAAGCCUGAUCGUGACUACCAAAGCGCCACAUGUGCUCGAAUCAUUACAACGCGUCCGGCAUCGCUUGUCCGCUAACUCGACCGUCUUACUCUUGCACAAUGGAUUAGGGGUCGUCGAGGAAUUGAUCGAAACCUGCUUCCAGGAACCCAGCUCACGCCCCACUUUCGUACUCGCUACCACUUCACAUGGUGUCUACCGAAUCGACAAAGGUCUGCCAGGUACCCAAGCUGGCUCGCAUGGCCGGUUCUGUCACGCCGGGCUGGGUGAUAUCAGGCUGGGUGUACUACCCAAUACAACAAUCAGAAACUGUCUCGAGCGACUCAGAGGACAUAGCAAUCAACCUUCGAGCAACGACGACAGCCAAAGCCUGCAAGAUGACAAUCCACUCCUGAAUCCACACUCGCGCACGAAGCCGGUUUUGGAGGAGCAUUUACCGGACAUUGAGCCAGAAACCCGAUCGCUUCACUACACGCUCUCCAGUUUAUUGAACCCAUUGAUGGUCAAGGAGUUGAACACCAAAUGGCUUCCGAUGGGCGACUUCCAAACCUCAGCGCUGAUCAAGCUGACCGUCAAUGCGGCGAUCAAUCCGAUCAGUGCACUGCUCGAGACCCGGAACGAGGCCUUGUAUCGGGAGAGCUCGUUCGAGUCGCUCUGCCGGCAAGUCUGCCAGGAAGCCAGUGCAGUCUUUGCCGCCCAAGCUGGCCAGCCUUUCCGCCCCCACCAUUCCCUCUCGGCCCCCAACCUCCAACGGGUCGUCAACGACAUCGUACUCGCCACCAGAGCAAACAUCUCCUCCAUGUGCUCCGACAUCCGCACCCUAGCCACCAACCGGAUCAGCCCCCACAAAACGCUCUCUAAAGCUAACCUCAACCGAAUCGCCGCCUCUCAAGCCCCAAUCAAAAUCCCUAACUAUCAAUCCCUCAUCUCCGGCCAAGAAGAAAAAUCAGUGAAAGAGACUAGCACGGAAAUCGAUUAUAUCAACGGCUAUAUAUGUCGUUUGGGCAGCCAGUUCAAUGUCGAUACCCCGCUCAAUCAGUCGCUCUCCGACCUGAUCAAACUUAAAUCAGUCGCUAUCAAACGUGCUCAGGUCUUGCCUAAACUUCAGAGAGUCAAUCGCCGAUUGAAAAUUAAUCGGCCGGAAGACAAUCCCGCCACUCCUGAUCAGCUUGAUCUGUUCGAGAAACCUGAAAAUAAUCCUGGUUCUCAUCAGCUUGAUCUCUUCGAAAAACCGGAAAAUAAUCAUCUUGCUGAUAAUCAAGCCUCUGUCGUAGAUAAAUCUUAAAAAAAAAAACUCAGUUUACCGAUCUACCUAUUCAAUUUUUUUCCGUCGCAUUCAAUAUCUUCCUUUCUUCUCGCAUUAUAUACCCAAUUCAAUCAAUAUUUACAUGCGCGUUUUUUCCCCAAUUAAUUAUGUUCAUGUGCAAGCUUCUCUAUGGAUUUCCUUUUCUUUCUUCGGCAUAUUCGACAUACAAUAAAUACAUCUCACUAUUUUUUUUUCUCUAUUUGUUCAUUCCAAAAAGAAAGAAAGGAACUAUGCAAUACAAAAAGAGUAGCAAUAUGAAGCAGAUAAAGUAUUUGUUGACCUGCAGUAAAUUGGUAGAGAUCAACUUUCAGUUAUAUAUUCUGAUUUCAC